GCACACACACACAGAGCAAACAGUGAGUGUAAGAAAUGUCGCAAGUUGGGUUAUGUGUGGUUUCAGUGGUUACCAUAUUGAUAAGUCAGUGGCUUUACAAGUGGAGGAACCCAAAAUGCAAUGGAGUUCGGCCUCCAGGAUCUAUGGGGCUCCCAUUUAUUGGAGAAACGUUUCAACUUCUCAUUCCCAACUACUCCUUAGAUCUCCAUCCCUUCAUCAAGAAGAUAAUUGAAAAGUAUGGAAAAGUGUUUUCAACAAAUUUGGUGGGAAGGCCAAUGGUGAUAACAGCAGAUCCAAAGCUGAACAAUUACUUGAUUCAACAAGAAGGGAGGGAAGUAGAGCUGUGGUAUUUGGACACAUUCCAGAAGGUAUUCGGUCUAGAAGGUGAAGCCAGACCAAAUGCUGUUGUUCAGAUUCACAAGUACGUCAGAGGCUCCUACUUGAAUUUCUUUGGUGUCGACAGGCUCCGGACUAAGUUGCUUCCUGAAAUUGAAACCACCGUUCGCAUUAACAUGCACCGCUGGUCUACCCAAGGAACCACUGAUGCCAAAAAAGAAACUGCUAAUAUGGUGGCAAUUUUUGCUGCGAAAACUCUGUUUGGUCAUGAUUUUGAAAAAUCAUCUGAUGAUAUAGGAAUCACCAUUGCUGGAUUCGUGGAAGGUCUUUUGUCCUUUCCAUUGAACAUCCCUGGUACUAAAUUCUACAAAUGUAUGAAGGAUAAGGACAAGUUAGAAAAGGUAAUAAGGGCAAAGUUAAAGGAGAGAAUAGCUUGUCCAGAGGAAAAGAAAGGGGACUUCCUUGAUCAAGCAGUGAAAGACUUGAACACUGACUUCUUCUUGACAGAGAAUUUCAUCCUAUCGAUCAUCGUUGGAGCUUUGUUUGCUACCGUGGAGUCCAUAUCCACGGCCAUAGCACUGUCUUUUAAGUUAUUUGCAGAACACCCUUGGGUGGUGGAGGAUCUAGUGGCGGAGCAUGACAUUCUUCUCAAAAACAGAGAGAAUAAGGAAUCUCCACUGACGUGGGAUGAAUAUAAAUCCAUGACUGUUACCAUGCAUGUUAUCAAUGAAGUGCUGAGAUUGGGAAAUGUUGCUCCUGGGAUACUAAGAAAAACACUGAAAGAUAUCAAUUAUAAUGGUUAUACAAUUCCAGCAGGUUGGGCCAUUAUGAUUGUUAAUUCUACCCUUCAACUAAAUCCCGAUGUAUUUAAAGAUCUAUUGAAAUUCAAUCCAAAGCGUUGGAAGGACAUUGAUCCACAAAUUGCAUCAAAGAAUUUUAUGCCUUUUGGUGGCGGAACAAGACAAUGUGCUGGUGCAGAGUUGGCCAAGUCAUUUUUUGCCAUCUUUCUCCAUGUUUUAGUCAGUGAAUACAGGUGUGUUUCCCAUUUGUUUCAUAUUUCAUGAUUGUUCAUGUUGCUUCGAUUAUAGUGACAAAUAUGAUUUAACAAAAAAAAUGGAAGUCAUAAACAACUAAAUUGGAACAAAAGAAAAUAAUAAAAUUCAUUUCUUAGUAUGCAUUUAGUUAAGAUAAUAUAUCUUUGUGAUGAAUUUGUAACAGUGGACUACUUUCACAAGAGAAAAAAGAGAGGAUGAAAUUGGAAAUUAAGUUAACAUGUUAAUCAGAUUUGUAAUUUUUUUUUUCUCAUUUAAAAAAAAGUUUUAAUGUAAUUUUUUCAUUUUUGUUUUUUAUUCUGAUAGGUGGACCAAAAUUAAGGGAGGGGACAUAGUUACGAUUUGAAGAUGGCAUGCAUAUUAAGGUUUCUAAGAAACAUGCAUAAUUAUGAAACACCACCAGUAUUCAAAUGUCAUAUUUAUUUUUCUUAUUUGGGUUUGGAUCUAUGUUUGUGUUUGUGUCAGUGUUGGGGCAUGUAAAAACUAUGAUGGGCAGCAUUGAGCUGGUUAUAAUUUAUGUUUGUUUACGAACUAGGUAAAUUACGGCUUGCAACACAUGCCGUAAAAACUCUUUCACGACAUGCAUACAAAUGUUGUUAUAUGACAUGCCGUGAAAAGUUGAGCGUCAUUUACGGCACACAGGUAAAGUUAUAAAAAGUAAUAAAUUAAACAUUAAUGACAUACUUUGUAUGUUGUAUAUAAUUUUACGACAUUUUUGUCAUGCCAUAAAUCGUCACACUUUU